AUGGCAGCCUGGACGCCCCUGGACCUCCAGCCCUCCAACCAGAGCCAGCUGGCAGCUCUCAUCAACGCCACGGCCUGUGACCAUGCCCAGGACGCCUGGGACCUACUGCACAGAGUGCUCCCGACGGGUAUCAUCGCCAUCUGCUCCUUCGGCCUCCUGGGCAACCUUUCCGUCCUGUCCGUCUUCCUCCUGACCCGGCGGCCGCUGACCGUGGCGGAAAUCUAUCUGGCCAACCUGGCGGCCUCCGACCUGGUGUUCGUCCUGGGUCUGCCCUUCUGGGCGGAGAACGUCCGGAACCAGUUCGACUGGCCUUUCGGGGGUCUCCUCUGCCGCGUGGUCAAUGGGGUCAUCAAGGCCAAUCUGUUCGUCAGCAUCUUCCUGGUGGUGGCCAUCAGCCAGGACCGCUACCGCGUGCUGGUGCACCCCAUGGCCAGCAGGCGACGGCGGCGGCGCAGGCAGGCCCAGGUCACCUGCGGGCUCAUCUGGGUGGCGGGAGGCCUCCUGAGCGCCCCCACGUUCCUGCUGCGCUCCAUCCAAGCCGUCCCGGACCUGAACGUCUCCGCCUGCGUCCUGCAGUUCCCCCACGAGGCCUGGCCCUUCGCGAGGGUCGUGGAGCUGAACGUGCUGGGCUUCCUCCUGCCGCUGGCCGCCAUCGUCUUCUUCAACGGCCACAUCCUGGCCUCCCUGCGGGGGCGGGAGGAGGUCAGCCGGGCCAGGUGCGGCGGCCCCCGGAACGGCAAGGCCACGGCGCUGAUCCUCGCGCUCGUGGCCUGCUUCCUGGCCUGCUGGGCCCCCUACCAUUUCUUUGCCUUCCUGGAGUUCCUGUUCCAGGUGCGAGCCGUCCGCGGCUGCUUCUGGGAGGAGUUCAUCGACCUGGGUCUGCAGCUGGCCAACUUCUUUGCUUUCCUCAACAGCUGCCUGAACCCCGUGAUCUAUGUCUUUGUGGGCCGGCUGUUCAGGUCCAAGGUCCGGGAACUUUACAAACGAUGCACCCCCAGGAGUCUCGUCCCGAUGUCUUCGUCCCACAGGAAAGAAAUCCUCCAACUUUUCUGGUGGAACUGA